CGAGGCUCCGCGAGAUGCGGCGGCUCGCGCGGCUGAAGGCCCAGGCGGCCAGCGGCGGCGGAGUGCCGCUCGGCGAGGGGCCGCCGCUGGAGCCGCCGACUGAGAUACAAGGCGCGCUCCUGUUCUUCCUCCUGGGCGCUGCCGUCCUGGCCCUGCUGUCGUUCGUGUACUACCUCGUCAACCCCGUGUUCGACCGGGUGCCCUCUGGGCGCACGCCGCGGCUUGACGACUACCUGAAGGAGAACCUGCCCGGCAGCAGGGACCCGCGCGACAAGCCGCCCGGCAACUACGGGGGGCGGCCCCCGCCGGCCGGCGGCCGCAGGGGCCCUGCCGACCUGAAGCGCCUGCGCCUGUUGCCGGUGACGUCGCCCGGGGAGCUGUGGGAGGCGUACACGUUCGCCACGGGGCAGAUCGUCGAGGAGGUCCCGAGCAUGGCCUUCGAGAGGAACUACCUCAACCGCAUGGUCCUGCAGGCCGCCUCCUUCCCCAAGGUCUACAGGGACUGGGAGACCUACGAGGGCUGCGCCGUCGAGGAGGUGUCCCUCGGCCCCGACGCCACCUCCCUGGGCCCCGUCGAGCCGCUCGGCGGGCCGCCGGGCCGCGGCGGGAGGCCCCGCGACCCCGGGAGCGAGGCCGCGUCCGACGCGGACCGCGAGGUGGUGCUGGCGUGCGGCGAGAUGGUCGAGGAGUACGGGCUCAGCCUGGCCGCGCGCGAGCCCGCCACGGGCACCAGCGUGGGCAGCCUGGCCGGCUGCGCGACCAUGCGGGUGAAGAGGCUGCCCGAGGACUGCCACAUCGCAUACGACGAGGAGGGCGCCGAGCCCGCGGUCGUGUGCACCGUGGACUGGCGGCUCGUGCUCGAGGCGCAGGGCCUGGAGGGCGUGGCCUACAUCGAGUCCAUCGCCGUCGCAAGGCAGUGGAGGGGCUCUGGCCUGGCCGAGAUGCUGCUGGAUUUCCUGGAGAAGAAGGGGCGAGCCUGGGGCCUCCGCCUGGUCGGCCUCCACGUGCACCGGGAUAACUGGGCGGCCCUGAAGUUCUACAGGAGGCAAGGCUUCGAGGCGACGUCGGACUGGCUGGGGUGGGGCGAGCUCUACUUCCUGCUGGUCAAGCCGCUCUGAGACCCCAGGGCGAGCUUUACGUCCUGCGCGUCGAGCCGCGCUGAGAUUCACCCCCACGCGCGGGCGUGCGAGACGUGCCCGUUUUGCUUCCGUCCUGUGCUGUGGGGCAGACUGUUCUUCCUUCUCUACCUCAUCCUCCUCCCUCUCCUCCUCCUCCUCCUCCUCCUCUUUCUCCUCCUCCUCAGGCGGAGUGCGCCGGGGGCGGCGGCGAGCGCAGCCGCGCACGCGCGCGGGGGC